UCAUGCUGCUGCCAGGUCCACAGUCUCUCAUGGGUCCCUGUACGGCCUCCCAUUGCUGCUGUCUCCAUCGCCUCACUCUGCCAUGUGCCACUUUCAGGUCUCCUCACACUGCUGUUGUGUUCAAUUUUUUGACAUAGGGUGUUGGCAGAUUACGGGCCUCCCAUAGCUGCUGCCAGGCCCCUAAUCUGCCAUGGGCCCCUAUACCGCCUCCUCAUGCUGCUGCCAAGUCCAGAGUGUGUCAUGGGUCCCUGUACGGCCUCCCAUUGCUGCUGUCUCCAUCGCCACACUCUGCCAUGUGCCACUUUCAGGUCUCCUCACACUGCUGGUGUGUUCAAUUUUUUGAC